GUUACUCGCGAUGCAUUGGGGCAAUAGCGCUUGACAGCAGGCUAAAACGCGCUCGUCAACGCUCAAGUCGCUCCCAUCCGUAGUGCGCAGUGCAGUGCAGUGCGCCUGGCCCGCCGCCGUAAUAGCAUAGUGAUUAUUGCCCGAUUUAUGGGAUUGCUUCAUACCGCAUGCUCAAUGCCGGUCCGCCGACCAUGGGACGCCGGUCUGCCGCGCAGCAUGGAAACAUGCGUGUAUGUUACAUAGCCGCGUUAUACCUGCGCCCGCAUGCGAUUGAACCUGUAAUAUUGAAUAAUGGGCACAUUACACAGGAUAGUUCAUCAUUGCAACAGAAUUGCUGGCAGCGCCACCAAAUUAAGACAUUAUGGCCGGAGCGACAAAGGCGACCAGCUCAAAAGCCUUGCUCAAAAGGCUGCCCAGGUCGUCUUGCAGCAGCAGGCGUCCGGACUUGCGCUUGGCCACCCACUCGGGCGAGUCGCUGAAGCGCUCGAAGCCCUGGAGAAUGUGGUGCGCCAGUGCGACUUGGUGAUUGAGGACUUGCUGGAGUCGCAGAGUACGGUCUGGAGCGCAUUCAAGACAUCAAGCCGCGCAGCUUCUGUAAAGGACUGCUGCUUCCAACUGGACUCCGGAAUCAACACAUUUGAGAACGAGAUCCAAACCGUCCAGCUUGUCCAGGUCCAGGAGCAGAUCCAAGAAGUCAAGCAACAAGUCCACCAAGUGCAACAGCAGGCGCAAGAGGUGCAGCAACAGCAGCAGGCGAGAUACGAACAACAGCAGGAGGCCCAGCGGGUGCAGGUGGGGGUGCAGGUGGUGCAGCAGGGGGUGCAGAGCACACAGGGGGCACAGGAUACAGAACCAGUGGCAGAGUUGCAGGAGGAGAUGCCACCACCACCACCACCACCACCACCACCACCACCACCACCACCACCACAGCCGCAGCCGCAGCCACCGCAGCCGCCACAGCAGCCGCAGCAGCCGCAGCAGCAGCCACAGCAGCCGCAGCAGCCGCAGCAGCAGCCACAGCAGCCGCAGCAGCCGCAGCAGCAGCAACCUCGAUGGAACCUAAAGGAAUCUUUAGGAAUCCCCCAGCUGGUGCCCAUUUUGGUGGUGAUAGCAUCCUUGCUAGUGGUGGUGCAGCAGUACUCUGGAGCAGCGCUGCACACAGCCAGCAUGCACAGCAACACCUUGGCUGUCAGGCUCCUUCUUGGGCUGGGCACCAACCCAGAACCCCUGGACCCGCAUCACAUGACGCCGCUACAUGUUGCUAGCAAGCACGGUCACCAAGAAGUAGUGCAUCUAUUGCUGGAAGCAGGAGCUAGUCGAGGGCCACAAGACAAGGACCUGUGGACGCCUCUUCACUAUGCAAGCCAUCACGGUCACGCUGCCAUUGUCAAGUGUUUGCUUGCUGGAUGGGCAAACAUGGAAGCAACAACUCAGGAGGGUGAAACUGCUCUCCACCGAGCAGCCUCAGGAGGACACACUGAGGUGCUAAAGGUGCUGCUCGCGGCAGGGGUAGACAAGGACAAACCUCGCCCCAUGAAUGGUAAUACUGCCCUCCAUCUAGUGGCCAUGGGUGGCCACGCUGAGGCACUAACAGUUCUGCUAGCAGCUGGAGCGGAUAAGGACAAGGCAAACUUGUUCGGCUUUACUGCACUCCACAUGGCUGCAUACCAAAACCACACAGUGGUAGCAAAAAUCCUUUUGUUUGCAGGCGCAGAAAAAGAAGCCAUUUGCAAGGACGCUUCAUCUGCCAUGCGCAUGGAGGCUAUAUCACAAGGCAAAGCCGCCAAUGCAUAUGCACAUGAAGAGCUGCAAGCACUGGUUGGUGUAACUGCCCUCCACCUGGCUGCCUUGUCCGGGCAUACUGAGGUUGUGAAGGCACUGCUAGAUGCAGGUGCAGACAAGGACAAGGGCCGACACAUGGAUGGAGGAACGGCCCUCCAUCUCACGGCCCUGAAGGGCCACACCGAGACUUUGAAUGUGCUGCUAGAAGCUGGCGCAGACAAAGACAAGGCCACAGAUAUGCGUGGGACAGCCUUGCACAUUGCUGCGAUGGAGGGCCACACCGAGGUCCUGGAGGCACUGCUAGUGGCUGGUGUUGAGAUUGACAAACUUGCACAGGAUGGCACAACUGCCCUCCACCGUGCUGUUUAUGCGGGCCAAUCAGGGGCGCUGAAAAUGCUCUUGGCAGCAGGCGCGGACCCAAAUAUGCCCCAUCAGGAAGCCGGGACUGCUCUACAUAUGGCAGCCUUAGCAGGACACACUGACGUGAUCACACACUUGCUGGCUGCUGGCGUAGAUAUAGCCAAGGCUCGGCCAUUGGAUGGAGCAACUGCUCUUCACGAUGCCGCCAUCAACGGCCACACCAAGGCUGUGAACGCUCUGCUGGAGGCCGGCGCAGACAAGGAUGCCACAGACUUGAUUGGGUCAACUCCCCUCCAUUACGCCACCAUCAAAGGCAAUGUUGAGCCAGUGGAGGCACUGCUGGCAGCUGGCGCUGACAUGGAAAAGGUUUCUCAGCGAAUUGGAACUGCUCUGCACUUGGCUGCCGCGAGAGGACUAUCCAAGGUUCUAAAAUGCCUGCUAGCUGCCGGCGCGGAUGUAGCCAAGGCCCGGCCCUUGGAUGGAGCAACUGCCCUUCACAUGGCUGCCCAAAGUGGCCAUAUAGAAGCACUGGCACUUCUUAUAGCGGCUGGCGUGGCAGUCAAUGCAAGCUUGGAUGGCUCGACGCCCCUACACCUUGCCAGCAUGGCUGGCCACACUGAAGUGGUCACCGCUUUGCUGGAGGCCGGCGUGGACGUGGACGUGGCAGAUACGAACGGCGCCACGGCCCUCUACAUGGCUGCCUCAAAAGGACACACCGCGGUGGUGAAGGCGCUGCUAGGGGCUGGCGCUGACAUGGACAAGGCUGACAAGGACGGCAAAACUGCGCUUCACAUUGCUGCCGCCAAAGAGGGCCACAUGGAGGCGUUAAAAGUGCUGCUAGCGGCCGGCGCCGACACGGAAAAGGAGAACUCGCUCGGCCUUACUGCAUUACAAGCAGCUGCACUAGCUGGCAGUACUGAGGCACUGAAGGUGCUUUUAGAGGCUGGCGCAGACAUGGACAAGACUCAUUCUGCUGUUGGCACUGUUCUGCACUUCGCUGCAUUUGGUGGUCAUGUUGGCGUGGUGGAGACGCUACUUGCGGCAGGCUUGGAUAAGGACAAGCCAUGCAAGGAUGGCUUUACGCCCCUACACCUUGCCAGCAUGGCUGGCCACACUAAAGUGAUCACCGCUUUGCUGGAGGCCGGCGUGGACGUGGACGCUGCAGAGAAGAACGGCGUCACGGCCCUCAACAUGGCUGUCUUAAGCGGACACACCGCGGUGGUGAAGGCGCUGCUAGGGGCCGGCGCUGACAUGGACAAGGCUGACAAGAACGGCGCAACUCCUCUUUACAAGGCCUCCCGGAACGGUCACAUUGAGAUAGUGACAGAGUUACUGGUGGCUGGCGCUGACAUGAACAAAGCCUGCAAGGACCGAUCAACACCCUUGACAGUCGCAAGGAAAUAUGGACACCGGGAAGUCGUUAAGCGUUUAGCAUAUUGGCAUCGCUAAAGUGAUUGUGAAGUGCUGACUGGUAUGUUGACUGGCUGGGGUAGGCAACACGCAACACGCACCAGUAGUGCGUGCCACGGUGCCACCCCCGCCGGGGCAUACCAUACCAUAGUUUGUGCGAAUUCGGUCACUUUGGAAUCGGUGACGGAUUUGGUGAUUGGUGUCACGGUUUUCUCCAGCUGCCAGCCUGUCACGUACGUACAGCUCUAGGUCUUUGGUAGCGGCGGCAGCGGCGGCACUGAGCGCUUUGGUGGUUCAUACUAGGUGUAUGAUGGGGGCGGGGUGGCAGACGCGACCACUGGACGCCGCUUGGCAGCAGUGUGCCGAUACCGUGACGACUUCAGCACCAGGCAGCCUGGUAGCGACGGUAUGUAUGGCUACAUUUGUGAGGCUAGCUUACUGAGCGGUGCUCAGGUGGGACUUGCUCUGCUCACUCUGCUGGGCCCGCUCUGCUGGGGCCAGCUGCGGAUUGGUGGCGGUUUUUUCCGGUGGCUGGCCUUUCAGCUGGCAGGAUGCGCGAGUGUGUGUGUGCGGGGGUGAUAAAUACCGGCCCAAACUAAAGGGGGGGGGGCGGCGGGACACGGGCGGAAGGGGGGCGAGAGGAUCGGGGCACAGCCGUGGGCCUCACGGGAGUAUGUGCACACUGUGCGGGCUACGAGCAUAGUACCAGCCAUUAUCGCGCAUGAAGAAUGAAAAGCGCUUAUCAGAUCAGUGGGGCGCUGUAUUUCGCGCGAGGAUUUAAGUAGUUUUAAGUGUCGGAGGGCCGGAUGCUCCGAUGCCUCCGAUUCCGCCGUCGUCUAUCGCCGGGCGCCUGCUCGUUAAAUUUUACAAAUAACUUAACAUACACCACGCUUGGAAUCUAGCACUGCAUCGGUACUUGCGCGUUGCACCAAUUCUUCGCCAUUUCACUCGUUUUUGCAAAGUUAUGCGUCGCCACAAGUACAGUGAACAGCUUCUUACAUUCAGCACGCAUUUUGGCUGGAGCGACGGGGCGUGCCCAGUGCACUUUACCGGUUACUGGAAAAACCGGGAGGGCCCCGCUGCGGGAACUCGAUGCGACCGCAAUGGCUAUUGCCCCUCCCCCUUCGGGGGAAGGGGCAAGCCAACCGUGCUAAAACUAGCGGAGCACAGGUAUAUGCGUUAGUUGCAAGUGGUGAUACUUAUGGGAUCGGGGCCGAGGCGUCGUGGAGGGGGAGGGGGGCAGCACGGGUGUGCGAACCUGCGUACACAUGCAUGUGUCGGUGUGUGGAUAUGUGUGGGGGUAGGGGGGUUGGCCUACUCUGCCUCG